CUCUGCGAAUUAUGAUACAAUUUUAUAUUAUAGUCACGAACUGAUGAAAGUAAAAGGGUGUACCUACUCUUAAGCAGGUAACUUAGGUAUCAAUAUGAAUAAAAUGUGAUAAAAAAUUCAAAUUCUUUUUAUAUAUUUUUUGUCUGCUUUUUUGGUUUAGGUAUAAUCAAAGAAUAAAUCUUUUUUUUACAACAAUAUAUUCGACCAAAGUAGCCGGUUAGUUUAAGUUUUACAUAACUAUGUUCAAUUUGCACGAUCUUUAACAACUGAUCAUCUCAUCAUCACCCGAUUAAAUAAUGUAGCUGACCUAUCACACUCAAUCGUCGCAAGCAGCCAUCCAUCGUCGUCAAUUCGGCGCGUGCGCCAGACAAUCGCCUUUGCUACACUAUUUUUACUCCGAUCUUGGAAGUAUGCCAUUAGCCGAGCUCGCUUGCCAGUUCACUCGAUUUAACUCCGAGGAAUCGCACCUUUCCCAACUAAAAUCCAACCAAAAUUCAAACGAUCCCACUUCGUUCGCCAUCAAUGAAAUUCCUACUAGUACGCCAUUGAGAUAUGCCUAAAGCGUGUGAUGGAAAUAAACUGGGUUUGUGGGUGAGAAGUUCAGUUGUACGGACGAUGGCGCCGUGAACAUCCACGCCGCGGCUAUGGCGUACAACUGGCGGACGUUAGCUCUAAUUUUAAUCUGCAUACAUAUCCUAGCAAUAGUGACCAGCGCAUUCCGCGUACGCGACUUGCCUAAAACAACCCACGAUGUUCUCAAAACGGAUUUUAAGAAACAAAAGUGUGAAGACUGUGACAUUAAUGAACUCAAGGACAGCCAAAAUGUGUAUAGUGCUAAAAUUGAAAGUGGCAAACGUUAUGAUGAAUUGAAGAAAGCAACAAGGGAAAAAUUACAAUCUGUUAAACAAAAAGCUUCGGAACUUAAGUCAAAUGUAAAGGUUAAACACGUUAGUGAUGACGAUGCUGACGAUGACGAUGAAAUUGAAGAUUUGAAAAGUAAGGUUACCGUGUCUAAGCAUCAUUUUAAAGAAAACAAAAUUACAACUAGGUUAAAAUUAGAGUUAAAUUCGAUAAAGUCAGUGAGUAAAGAAGAUAUCUACGAUGACGAUAGUGAUGACGAUGAUGACGACGACGACGAUGAUGAUGACUUCAAAGUUAAUAUUGGGGGCAAAGCUCCUCUUCACGUAAAAAAAAUUGAAAAAGUAUCAACGUUGAAUAAGAGUGUGCCAAAAAAUAUUCGAAUAGAAAUGCCUACAGUUAAGCCGAUUGUGAGUACCAAACAUGAUAAUGAAGAUGAUGAUAACAGCAAAAGUGGAAAAAAUAGUAACAAAAUUGCAAGUCAACCGAAAGAAGAGACGAAAAAGUUCCAGUAUCAAAAGUCACCUGUAAAAUCCACUGAUCAUAUCAACGAUGAUGAUGAUAGCGAUGAAGAAGAUGACAAAGAUGAUGAUGUCAUUAUAUAUCCUCAGAAAAAAGUUAUUGAAAGUACUAGAAAAGAAAAAGAAGAAAUCAAAAUUAUGAAUUUCUUUAGUAGUUUCUUUGUCAGUAAUAGUGAAGAUAAAGAUGACGAGGACGAUGACGAUGACGAUGAAGAUGAAGAUAAUGACGGUAACAAUGAAGAUGAUGAUGAUGAGGAAGACGAUAAUGACAAACCGCUUAAACAAAAAAAUCAAAAUAAGAUAGAACCUAAAAAAGGAACCGAAAGUAUUCAAAAAAUUGAUAAGAAUAUAACUCCUGGAGCCACUAAUUUAAAGCAAGACGGCCAUAAACUCGACAAGGAAACAAAAUAUUAUCAAGAAGGAUUAGCUAAAACAAAUCUUGAUUCAGUCAAAAAAGAUUUAGAAACAGAUGGGAAGCAAAAAAGCGAGGAUAAGGCGCCAAAGCAAAUAAGUAAACAAAUUAAACCAACCACAUCAAUAAAAAAGGAUGAGAAAAAAACACCCAUGGACAUGAAAGUGAACGAAAAUAAAAGAAAAGAGCCGACUAAAAAAGAUGAGAUUAAAAUAAAACCUUCAGAAAAUAAGGAGACCAAAAGUAAGGAUGAAGUACAAAAACCUGUAAGGAAAUCAGAGCCCGAAACAAAGAAAAAAGAAGAAAAUCUAGCUAAACAAAAAUCUGGCAGUAAAUCUGAACCAAACUAUAAAAAACAAACUGGGAAAGAGCACAGUAAAACGGAUAAAUCGUCUAAAGAAACGCCUUUUGACAGUCGAGAAAUGUUUCCCAAAAGUGAAAGUAAUUUGAAACACGUGACGGAUGCUUUGCAGCGACGAAACUUACUCCAGAGUGAAUUCGAGGACUUUUAUGCAUUCUUACCAACUUUUGCGCCAAAUUUCUCACGAAUUCACAACCCCGAAUGUAGGCGUCACGGACAAAUCGUCUUGAGGCAAUUACGUGGAACUAAAUUAUGGGCUUUCAACAUGCUUGACGCCACCGCGAAGAUUCCUUCGGGAUUGCUGCAAGGUAAUGGCAUACAAUUGGGGGAUUACGAUCAGUGCCUGAGCAGCAGGGCGCGCGUGCAGUUGGAGUCGGGAAGCGUUGUGAAGGUGCAGGGACAGUACUGCUUGGCCAGCCUGGACGUGAAAGCGGAACAUCCGGAUCUGGAGCUGCCAGUCCAUCUGGCGCUCGCCAAGAAUCUGAUAAAGAGUCGGAUCGAUGAUCCAGGUCACUUCGUGCCCCGCUUUACGACGCUGAGUUGGGGCGUGUGUGUGCCCACGGCAUGCUCGCCUGACGACGUGGAGGUGGUGCUGAAGGAUGCCCUGAAGCACUACCAACACACCAGUGGCCUAGUGGUCAGGAUCAAGGUUGAUCAAAAGGACUGCCAUACACAUGACGCCGAUUGGUGGGAGAACUGGCUGGAACUACCCACGAUAUUGACAUUGUCUCUAUAUGCUGUUGUCGUUUUGCUGGUGUUUGUUGCAACUGUUCAAGACUUCUUUUCUGGAAGAAAGUCGGAAGAAACGGAAGAUGGUGAAACAAACGCGCAGCAUAAUAGGGAAGGGGAAAAACAGGAAGAAUUAGAACCGGUUCCUGAAAAGAAAGAUGGUGUUUUGUCGGCGUUCUCCUUGUACCGGUCAGUGGGCAAGCUUAUAGCUCCAUGCACUGAUGACGAGGUGUCUUCCAUCCACGGCAUCAGAGGUUUGGCCACCCUGGCCCUACUGGUGGCACACAAGUUCUUACCUGUCGCCGUCACGCCAUAUACAAACAGGCUGAAGAUAACAGAGACAGUGAGUUCCCCGCUGUGGUCAUGGUGGCGCGCGGGCUGGGUGUUUACGGACUGCUUCCUGCUGCUCAGCGGCGCCCUUACUGCGCACCGGGCUGGGGACAAUACUACGGCGCCCUGGAGACUGUUCCAGAGAUACCUCAGAUUGACUCCAGCUCUCCUCGCUGUGGUGCUAUUCUACGCGUAUGUUUGGGAUGACAUAUCGGAGGGGCCCAUGUGGGGCACCCUGGUCACCAAGAAUGCUGAAGUCUGCCAAGGGGGCUGGUGGUGGAAUCUGCUGUACGUGCAAAAUUACUUCGGGUUCGAAGACAUGUGCGCACCACAAACUCAUCAGCUGGCUUUGGAUAUGCAGCUAACCAUCUUAGGCGUCGCCAUAGUGUGGGCCAUACAGUCAGAACUACCUUUCUCCAAAUACAGCAUACCGAUCAUCAUGAGUUAUGCCACUUAUUCCAGAUACAGCAAUGUGAAGGAGCACCGACUCACCAUGCUAGCUUACCAUGGAGUCAGUGUCAGUCAGUUGUAUCGAACAGCACGUAUAAGCUACACCUCCACUCUGCAUCGGUCGACGGCAUACUUGAUAGGACUAAGUCUAGGGCUGGUAUUGAGAAUACCACGCAAUCACGGCAAGAUCCUACUAUCUUUGGGAUGGCUAGUCUGCGUGACGCUGUGGGCCAUCGUGUGGUGGGCAGGGUGGGACGCUGGCUCGACUCAGUACAAAUACAGCGCUUCGUUUGCUGCUCAGUACGCUGCGCUCGCUCCAAUCGCUUCGGCUGCAGCGAUAGCGUGGGUGAUCUAUACCGUUCAUGGUGGACAAUGUGAAUGGUUGGCCCGGUUAUUGAGUUGCCGUUUACUGGCCUUCCUCAGCCGUCUCUCUUACGCCCUUUACCUGACUCAGUUCAUAGUAUUCCUUACGAAAGCUGGCACUGUCCGAUCAGCCACUGAAUUUACUUUGAUGUCUGUGAUUGAUGCUCAAGAAAUAUCAGCUAUAUUUUUACUAUCAAUUCUUUUGACUUUAACAUUCAUCAUUCCCAUGCAGUCUAUUCAUAAGAUAUUCUCUCUCUCUUCGAAACCAGAAAAAGAAUCAUAUGAAAUGAAAGAGGUCAUAGACGUCACAAAGAGAGAAGAAAAUAAAAUAGAAGAGAACAAUGUAUCAGAAAGACCGGAAGAAGACGAAAUUGAAGAAGUUAUUCAAAUACAGCCAACCAGGGGUCGACAACAUUUCUUAGCUCACAGGGAGGUCUUAGAAGAAAUACCUGAAAUAGAAGUGGAAUACGAAAUGCAAAGAGAGAGGAACGAUGGCUUGGAAGAAAUAUUAGAAGAGGAAGAAGGCGAAGACGAAGAACUAGAAGAAAGAGUUGAGGAUGACGAUUUGGAGAUAAUUGAAGAGGAACAAGGUGGAGAAGAUGAGUUGUGGGAAGAAAGAGAUGAGCCUCUUCAUAACAGGCCUUAUAGUCGGAAUGAUAAUGACGACCAAGAUUUAGACGAAUGGGAAUGGACCACAAACGGCAACAGUCGUUAUGGAGCUCAAUAUUAUCGCUAUAGCAGAUAGCGAUCAUAACCUUACUUAAUUGACGAAAUAAAAAUCCUAUUUGUUUUCAUUUUCUUGGUAUUAUUAGUAAGUUGGUACUGAAGUAACUGCUUAUCCCACUGAUACUACGUUGCAAAUGCGGAACUAUGAUUGUUAAUAAAAAUAGUGUUAACGA